AUGAAUCUGGACAACAACAGUGCAGACAUUAAGUCCCGCUGUGCCCCCACCACCGUGCCCCCACCACCGUGCCCCCACCGCUGUGCCCCCACCGCCGUGCCCCCACCGCCGUGCCCCCACCGCCGUGCCCCCACCGCCGUGCCCCCCCACCGCCGUUCCCCCACCGCCCCCCCCACCGCCGUGCCCCCACCGCCGUGCCCCACCGCCGUGCCCCCACCGCCGUGCCCCCACCACAGUGCCCUCACCACAGUGCCCUCACCACCGUGCCCCCACCUCCGUGCCCCCACCGCCGUGCCCCCACCACCGUGCCCUCACCACCGUGCCCCCACCUCCGUGCCCCCACCGCCGUGCCCCCACCGCCGUGCCCCCACCGCCGUGCCCCCACCUCCGUGCCCCCACCGCCGUGCCCCCACCGCCGUGCCCCCACCUCCGUGCCCCCACCGCUGUGCCCCCACCUCCGUGCCCUCACCGCCGUGCCCCCACCGCCGUGCCCCCACCGCCGUGCCCCCACCGCCGUGCCCCCAUCGCCGUGCCCCCACCGCCGUGCCCCCAACGCCGUGCCCCCACCUCUGUGCCCUCACCGCCGUGCCCCCACCGCCCCCCACCGCCGUGCCCCCACCGCUGUGCCCCCACCGCUGUGCCCCCACCGCUGUGCCCCCACCGCCGUGCCCCCACCGCCGUGCCCCCACCGCUGUGCCCCCACCAGUGUUCACUAAUACAACCACCUUGGCACGCUCACAACUACAGGGGCUCAAGGUGCCUUGGUAA